AUGGCACGCGACACGACUAUCAAAUACAACUUGGCAGACUCGGGUACCGACACAAGCACAAAAGCCGAGCAAUCUGUCAGUGUCACAACAGACGACAGCGACGACAGUAUCUCAGUCACGUCGACUCCAUAUGACUCGGAAGACCCGGACGCAGAGUAUACUGUGGAGGACAUUCUGGCACAGGAUGACAACAUGGAUGGCGUCACGAAGUAUCUCGUGAGAUGGGCCAAUUAUCCACUUGAGAAGUGUACAUGGGAGCCCGAGGAGAACAUGGGUCCUGAAUUGCUUACCGAUAUGUGGGAGGAGAAACGGAAGCAGCCGGACUACGAGCCGUUUGAUCUCGACUUCGGAUAA